GAUCAUCUCAAAUAGAUUUCACCUGUGUGAAGAUUUCUACAGGGAAUAAGAGGGAUCGAAAUCCACCUGCUACUCCUGUUGCAUUGUGGGAAUAGGGACAGUAUCUAUCUUCAUUGUAAAGCAUCUGCAUGCUCCUGAAUGCUGUAAAAUAAUGAUAAUGGUAAUAACAGUGUUGUUUUAAUUUAGCCUAUUUCUGGUAUCAGUUUAUGGCACAGGUGUAGAUGAUAAAUUCACACUGAUUGCUUGACUGUCCCAGGUUCCAAUUUUGACAUUUGUUUUUGAAGUAAACCUGUUGUUACAGUCAGUAUACGCACUAUUUCAUUAAAUUCAGGUGCUUUAUUCUGGCUUUGGAAUGGCUGCUGACAGCCCCUCAGAAGGUUUUGCAACCUGGUUUUAGCACAGUUAGCUCCCAAAGUUGAGAGGCAUAAAUGUACAAUGAAAACAAAAUAAUCAAUUCCCUUAAUAGACAGCAACUCCAGAAAAAGAGAUUUCACAUUAAACUAUGUGUGGGCGUACAUGUGUAUCCAUUGUCCAGUUUAGAAAUGUCUCUCGGAGAUGCUUUCCAAUAAUGUUGCCAAAAGUGGAUUAAAAUUCGGGAAGUGAUCUGACUGUUUCACUCAAACAGGAUAUAGAGACUAGUAAAAUAUGCUUACAGUACAAACAGCUUAUUAAGGAGGUAGUUUCAAUAUGCUGCUCUUCUUUGAAAGACAGUUUUGUGCAAGGGUGAAUGACUCUUGUUCAUGUCAUGUGGUAAUAUCUUCUUGUGUCUAGCAUGAGUGGGGAUUCCAGUCCCACACUUUGCUCCUUAUGUUUGUCUACAGUCCCCUGCUGGAAGCCUUAGUAGUCACUCCCUGACAAUGGUUUUAGUACACCAUUUUAUAAUUUUUAGUAAGCUUCCUAAAAUAAUAUAAAUGCUCACCUUGUCCAGUAUGAAAAAAGACUCUGUAAUUAUUGUUUAAUCAAAAUAGGAGAGCAGCUUCCAUUAUCAGCACACAGUCUUUGCAAGUCUUUUGAGAAGUAGCGUGUUCGUGUUAGAUGGGGGUAGGACCAGAAGACCAAUGUUAAAAAACAUAACAAAAGCAAAAAUACAGUAAAUAUCGGUGUCAUUCUCUUUGGAGGAUUUUACUAAAUGUUAAAAUUCUAGUAAGUGGUAAAACUAUACCUAUUUCCAAUUAGAAGUUUGAAUUGUUCAGUCUAAACUGGGUUUGUAUUGCAAGGAUGUGGGGAGGUUUUGUAUUUCUUUUGCUGUUUCUAAGGGAUUUAAUGGAAAAUCAUAUCUCUGUGGUGACAUGAGUUAUCCUAGUGAUAAGCUUCUCCCUGUUUUUCCAUCCUAAUACUUGUAUCCAUUUUGAGAAGGCUUUAAUAUCUCUGUUUCCAAAUGUUCUGUAAAUAAUAGGAAUCUCACAGCUCAAAGGUUUAAACAACCUCUCUCUCUGUGUUCUUUAAAGGAAAUGUCCCUGUUUUACUUAAGGCACUCCUCUGAGCAAUUAGCAAAUUUAUAAACAAUACUGCCAUGUAAUUAAAUUAAUAAAUGAUAAUAAUUUAAAAUAUUAAAACAAAAAGGUAAUUAAUAUUGAUAUUUCUAAGUCUGAUGGAUUCUGCCUCUGUCAAGAACAUACUGUUUUUGGCCUGCACCGCUGCUCAUCUCAAAGGAUUUGUUGAGCUCAGCAGAGGUGGUCAAGAUGAAGUCCAGUAUAGCUAAUGAAACCUGAGUACAUUCCAGGUAACUUACCUCCCUUGUUUGCUCAGAACAUACUUAAAGACAAAUCUAAGUCCGUUCCUGCCUAGAACUAGGGUUUCUCACUAGGUAUUAAAUUGUUUGCUAGAAAGAGAAAAUAUUUCUCUCUCUCAGAAAAGAGACAGAGACAGACAUUUCUUUGUUAUCUUCUAGAAAACACAGGCUUCUUAAGCAUCAGUUGAUGCUAUGAUAUGACUCCAUGGCCAUACUUCAGUAGCACUCCUUUCUUGGAUCUUUAUCUUUGGAAUGGCAGUUCUGUAGAAGGAUGCAGAAUAAGCAAAAAAACCAACAAAUUAAGCUGAAUAUUGAUUUAGAACUAAGUUUCUUUGGGUUGGUUGCCAUGUGCAAACAAUGUUAUUUUGGAGACCACUAUGCAAUUCAGAAAUCGUGAUGAUUGGAAAGGCUUCUUUUAGUUGCUAUGGUCUAUUUAAUUAUAGGACUGAAGAAUGGAGACAGGACAUGAUAGUGCAAUCAGGAGGAUUGGGUUAAGAAAGUUGGAAGUGGUUGGUUCAGAUAGUCAGUGCUUCAUGAUGUCAGGCAUCAAGUUUACCUCUGACUUGAGGAUCGUCAGUGAAAACAGGCAUGGAGAUGUCACUUCUUCUAACCCUAAAUAUGCACCAUCGAAUGGAUCCUAGCUGGCAUUGUCCAAUAAGCCAUUGUUUGAAAGGUCUGUAUGCUUCCAGUGGAGAAGUUUGCUUAACAAGAAGUUUGCUGUCCUAAUCUCUAAGUUAGGCUUCUGGUCCUUGCAGUAUCACCACAUUCAAUCUCAAAUAUAAAUAUAAUUUUUGCAAGAACAGAAAAAAUAUUACUGCCAAACUUAUUGUCAUAGAGAUUUUGUUUUUCCUUCAACAUACCCUGAAUUCAAUCUACUGAUUAAACAAAUGACCCCUCAAAGCAACCAGGGUUACUGUCCUCACCUGUCCUCCUGCACCUCAGUUGGUGUUUGUUGUAAGACACUGAUUUCAGUGAAUCUAUCUGGAAUUUGUGAAGAUGUCAUGUCCUUCUUUUGGCAUUUCUGUACAGGUUAGUAAUUGAGGCAUGUUUUAGCAUGCAUUUUGAUACAAAACUAUAUACGUAAAUUCCCUACUUCCAUAGGAAAUCCCUACUUCUCUAAUAGAAAAGCUCUGAGAAAGGAGGCCAUGUCAGUCUAAUCCGAAUGAGCAUUCACAUAUUUGUUGUACCCCCAACUUUAGCUAUAGUGCUAGACAGAGACACAAAACAGCAGGAGUGCUGGGUCAUUAAGGAUAAAAGCUACAGGAUUUUCUAUAGAUGAAGUGUGCUGUCUCUUCUCUCUUGCAUGAAUGUACAGCAAAUCCUGAAUAUUGAACAUUUCAUCUCUCCACAGGCUUAAAACACCAAGAUUUGAGUCAUACCAUAUGUAUUAUGAGACUUAGACAAGCUACUUGUUCAGACCAUUUGAGAAACCAUAUCUAUCUUCAGAUUCCAGAGGGUGGGAAAAGGAGAGGAAAGGGGUAGUGUGAUUGAUUCCACAUAGGAACACCAUAGUUCAGAAAUGUGUUUCAUUCCCAGUGAUAAAUGUGCUUGAUUCCAGUUUUGUCUUUCAAAAACGUAUGCUCCAGCCACAAAAUCCAGCAGCUUUUAACACCCAGUUUGACAUAACUGACAGUCUUUUCUCAGGAGGAGACUCAGCAGAGCUGGGAUAGUGCAAAGUUUGCAGUCUGAUAAAUAUGCAUUGGCAGCACUGCACAGAAGGAGGCUUGUAGAAUGAAUGCUCAGUCCUACUCUGCAACUUCCCUCCUUUCCUUUCUUGCACAUCUAGUUCCCUAUUAUGACAGAUUUUAUAAAGCCAUUGCAGGGCUGAAAAAAAUCUCUGAGUUUAACACAAGCCAAUCUCAUAUCACGGUGUCCUAAGAGCAGCCUUGUUACAGUUGUUCCAAACCAAAAGACUAAACACUAAAAAUUUAUUAUAUUGGGUCAAAUAGUCAGAAUGUAGUGAAAAUACUUUUGGAAACAGUGAUUAUAGUGGUAAGCUAAAAAGCAUCUGCAUUUCUUUUUCAAAAUUGAAGCAGUUUCCUGUGGUUGAUAAUGUACCUUGAAUCGUUUGCAACUAUUGGUCCAAGUUACAUUGGUGAUUUUUCAAUGUUUUACUCCUUUUCUGAAAAUUGCAAACCUUAGUGUGCUACAGACCACAAUCCUAGUUAUAUAUUAAAAAGAUAAUUUCUCUGUUCAGCUAAGUCUUUACUUGAGUAAGAGCUAAAGUGGUUUUUAAUGUGCCCUUUUUCAAAGACAUGCCUAACGCUAUGUUUCAUUUGGAAACAAAAUAAAAAACAAACUUAUACAAUUAUAGCGUGUUUCUGGCAGUUAGGUCAGCCUGACAAUCUGUAAACAAUUAACUUCUCUUUUGUGCCAGCAAGUACUGUGUUGGUUUUUUGUGCCCUUUUGUUUUUUUCCUCACUAUGUCAGUCCCUCUUCUUCGCAGGAGACACUGCAUUUACUUCUUUGGCUGUACUCUCCAUCUGUGCUCCAGCAAUAGUGGCAUAGGAGUGUGGGGGCUUUGUAAGAAAUGUAAACAAAACCAGACAACCAGACAAAUGCUUUUUAAUAGCGAAACCCACUCCACUUCCACCUCAUCGCAGAUGCAAUUGCCAAACAGAUCCUGGCAACUCUGUUCCAGACAUGGAUGGUCCCUGCUGUGCGCAUAGACUUCUAUGAUGCGGAUGAGCUCAAGUCUGAAGUGUCUUGGAUCCCCAACAAACACUACUCUGGGAUUUACGGGCUGAUGAAGUUGGUUCUGACUAAGACUCUACCUUCCAAUCUUGAGCGAGUCAUUGUCCUCGACACAGACAUUACAUUUGCCACUGACAUUGCUGAGCUAUGGGCCGUCUUUCACAAGUUCAAAGGGCAGCAAGUUCUUGGCUUGGUGGAGAACCAAAGUGAUUGGUAUUUGGGCAAUCUGUGGAAGAACCAUCGGCCCUGGCCAGCACUUGGGAGGGGCUACAACACAGGGGUGAUCUUGCUGCUCCUAGAUAAAUUGCGGAAGAUGAAGUGGGAGCAGAUGUGGAGAUUGACGGCAGAGCGGGAGCUAAUGAGCAUGCUGUCCACUUCACUGGCUGACCAGGAUAUCUUCAAUGCAGUCAUCAAACAAAAUCCCUUCCUUGUCUACCAGCUCCCAUGUUUCUGGAAUGUGCAGCUUUCUGAUCACACCCGUUCUGAGCAGUGCUACAGAGAUGUGUCUGACCUGAAGGUGAUUCACUGGAAUUCACCGAAAAAGCUGCGAGUGAAAAACAAGCAUGUGGAGUUUUUCCGCAACCUCUACCUGACAUUCCUGGAAUACGAUGGGAAUUUGCUGAGACGGGAACUCUUUGGCUGCCCCAGUGAAGCAGAUGUUAACAGUGAGAAUCUCCAGAAGCAGCUGUCUGAGCUGGACGAGGACGACCUGUGCUAUGAAUUCCGUCGGGAACGCUUCACCGUCCAUCGCACUCAUCUGUAUUUUCUCCAUUAUGAGUACGAGCCUGCAUCAGACAACACCGAUGUGACACUGGUGGCACAACUGUCAAUGGACAGGCUCCAGAUGCUUGAAGCCAUCUGCAAGCACUGGGAAGGUCCUAUCAGCCUGGCACUCUACCUUUCUGACGCAGAAGCCCAGCAAUUCCUGCGCUAUGCUCAGGGCUCGGAAGUCCUGAUGAGCCGCCACAACGUUGGCUACCACAUCGUGUACAAGGAGGGGCAGUUCUACCCUGUGAACCUGCUCAGGAAUGUGGCCAUGAAGCACAUCAGCACACCGUACAUGUUUCUGUCUGACAUCGACUUCCUGCCCAUGUAUGGACUCUACGAGUACCUCAGGAAGUCUGUCAUCCAGCUAGACCUAGCCAACACCAAGAAAGCUCUGAUUGUACCUGCCUUUGAGACCCUGCGCUACCGCCUCUCCUUCCCCAAGUCAAAAGCAGAGCUGUUAUCUAUGUUGGACAUGGGAACCCUCUUUACAUUCAGGUACCACGUCUGGACGAAAGGGCACGCGCCAACAAAUUUCGCCAAGUGGCGAACAGCCACCACCCCCUACCGCGUGGAGUGGGAAGCAGACUUUGAGCCAUACGUCGUCGUGAGGAAGGACUGCCCGGAGUAUGACAGGCGCUUUGUGGGAUUUGGCUGGAACAAAGUAGCUCACAUCAUGGAACUGGAUGCACAGGAAUACGAGUUCACGGUGCUGCCCAACGCCUACAUGAUCCACAUGCCGCACGCGCCCAGCUUCGACAUCACCAAGUUCCGCUCCAACAAGCAAUACCGCAUCUGUCUCAAGACACUUAAGGAGGAGUUCCAGCAGGACAUGUCACGCCACUAUGGCUUCGCAGCCCUCAAAUAUCUGACGGCAGAGAACAACAGUUAGCACCAUGGAGCCCGUGCCUGGCCAACAGGGACACUGAGGCAAGAGCCGCUCAGCAUUUGGGGCCUGGUCUUCGAACUCCAAACUGAGAAACACUUUCUGUUUUUAUAUCAUACUUGGCAGUUCUAACAGUAGAAAUUUGAAGUGACAUGUCUUUGGACUAUGCUCUUUCAUCCCUUCCCCGACUGCCCUGGGUCUGUCGGCCUUAGCAUUUGUGAGGUGUCUGCGAGCGGGGCCGGCCAGGCACCCUCUGAGCUACCGAAGGUGGGAACUGGGCAGGGGCUGGGAUUGCACUCCGCUCUCUUGACUGCAGAGCACAGACAGACCUUCAAAAUAUAGGAUUUCAUGUUGCUAUUUAAUAAUUUGAUGUGCUUUUUAUCUGUAAAGGA